GUCUGCUAGAAGAAGGUGGUGUCUAGUCUAGAUCUACACACUUUUAUAUUUAUAAAAUCUCUUGCCAUGGCAUCACCUUCAGCUUGGUUCACUACUGAAAUUCAACAAAUGAUGUUUGGGUUUGGUGACAGUAAGAGACCAUUACAAGAGACAGCUGUAUUAGUGGAGGAAAUUGUACAUCAGCAGAUGGUUUCAAUGAUCCUGCAAGCAAAUGAAGUGGCUAUAACAAGAGGUGAAAAACAGAUUACCAUAGAAGAUAUCUUGUUUUUGCUGAGGAGGGAUAAGGUGAAACUGAAAAGGCUUCUCAAAUAUUAUGAAGUUCGGGAUUUAAAAUUCAUUAUUAAAAAUUCAUUAGCUGGAGAUGAAAUUAAAGCUGAUUCAAAUACUAUACAGUCACAGGAAAAAUUAGCUUUUGAUAAAAAAACAAUGGGCAAAAAUAGGCAAAUUUGUUAUGAGUUUUUGUCAUCAAUUGAUCAAACAGGAGAAUUACUAGCCUUGUUUGAAGAUUCAGAAGUUGACCCUGUAAAACAUGAAAGAAUGUUAAGAGCUGAGCUUCAGACACAAGGAAUGGACACACAACAGUACAUGGAGUUUUGCCAAGCUAGGCAAGCAAACUUCAGUCGUAAAUACAACAAAUCUCAGCGUUUUAAAGACUGGCUGCAAUUUAACCUUAGCCCAGAGAUCAACAUUAACCCAGCUGUGGUAGAAAUGUUCAGCUACCUGGCAUUUGAAACAGUGGCCCAAAUUGUAGACUUGGCUCUUCUUGUCAAGCAAGAUAUGAGAUCAAAACCAAAUGAUCAUUUGUCUAGAACAAGACCACCUUUGUGUGUUAACUAUGCAGAUCUCUAUGCCAACAGCUUGUACAACAAACCAGAAACUGUUUUAACUGAUCAGAGUCAACAAGAUGUGAACAAUCCUAUGAAGCCAGGCACCAACAUACCGUUAGCAACAGCCACACAGAAGAUUAAUAAGAAAAAGCGAAAAAAAAGUGACCCUCCUACAUCAGUUGAUCUCUCUUGGGACUGUACAAUUCUGCCUUCAGAUGUUAGAGAGGCCAUGCGAAGGUACUACACAGACAUUGGUCCUUUCACUUCACAGAUGAAAAUCAAUCCACAUUGCUCACCAUGGUAUAAAACCUUAUGUUCUUGAUUUAAAAAUAAUUUUUUUUAGCUAUGUUAAAUUGCUCAAUUAACUCAAAAGUUCAACCUAGUCAAAUGUUGAUAUAUGCAUACGUAAUAAUAUAUCAAAAUGUAGAUAUUAUUUUCCAUUAUUUAUUAUUUAUCUUAUUUAAUUUGGCAGUUGUAGUUGUAUGCCCAUUUUUAUUGAUACAGUUAUCUCAACAUAUUUUGUAUAACUGUAAUCACAUUCAACUAAUUUUUAGAAGACUGGAAAAAAUAAUAUGGUCUAAUCUCUUAUUAAAUUCUUCAACAGUGUUGUUUAAAUCAUUUAUUUUAUAAGACUGAUGUAUUGAAAUGUAAAAACUGACCACUCCAUGUACCGUAGCUUAAAUAUUUCUUUGUUAAUGGUUUGUUUACAUUUACCACCAGUACUUACUAUAUGUUAAAUAUAUAUAAGUAAAUGUGUUCUGAUUACGUUGUGUUUUAUUUUUUCUAAGUAAUAACUAAUAUUCACUAUAGUAUAAUUCACUAAACAUAUGGUUUUGGUGUACUUAUUUUGUUGUGCAUUAUUUUGAUAAGUCUUUGAAUAUAUUUAAUUUUAAGUUGUAAGAAACAUCUCCACAACAGCCUAAGCCACUUGCUAACUUUUAAGCCUAUUUGAAAUGAAAUUCUAAGAAAUUUCAUUUGAACUUGUAUCUUUGUAACAAGUGGCAUACGUUAGUUUUUGCUUUAAACAGACAAUUUAAUUUUAAGUUUUAAAAACUUGAAUUUUUUCAAAAUCUGUGCUCAUAUGAAUAAUUAACCGCCAAAUUUUGUCAUGGAGAACUUACAUUAACUAAAUAAUGCCUUCAUUUAAUAAUUCAAGUCAUUUCUUUAAAUUUAAAGACAAGAUUUGCCUUUUAUAUUGAAAAUUGUUGCAAAUAUUACUCCCUUUUUAAUAGACCUGAAUUUUG